AUGCCUUGCAAGAAACAUUUCAAAGCUGCGAUGAAUUGGUAUUCUGGCGACAUAGGUCAAUGUAUCAAGGAAGUGAAGAAUGCCCAAAAACUUUUAUUGGUUUUUUCUAAAGAUAGCGAAGAUAUUUCUAGUGAAUCUUGUGCUGCUCUCAAUGCCGAAGACGUUGUUAUGCAUUGUCAGGAUGUGAUCUGUUUGCAACUACAAUCAGGAUCAGUACCUUACCACCAAUUCGCAUCCGUUUACGAAGUCCCUUCUCUACCCUGCAUCCAUAUUAUCUCACCAUCAGGUUUGGUUUUGAGUGUGAAAACCGCAGAUUUUUCUGCAGACCGGAUUGCAUUGUGGCUUGCUGAGAACAUCGCAUCGUUUGAAACCACCAAACAAACAAGGAAUGCGAUUAUGGGAGUGCAGGAAUUGGCGCCUGUUGGAGCUCCAUAUGACACUUCGCCCAAAGCUUGCGCUUCUGCUUCGCCUCCGUCCUCGUACCCCCAGGCGAUCGGCAAUUUGACCGCGAGUGCUGAGCAUUCUCUUCCACGAUCGGAAAAGGCAGAAGUAUUGGAAUUGUAUGAGGGAGACCCGCCUGCCUCAUUACCAGAGGCUGACGUUGCUGCUUCGCCUUUGACCUCGUCGCCUCGACCGGGUAGCAACUCGGAGUGCGUAGAUUUGGGUCAUCAACGAUGUCAGGAGACAGAUCAAGUAGAGAGGAACCUUUCACCUGAGGAAAUUCCGUCUUCAGCUUUGUCGGAGGCUGACGCCUCCGUCCCGUCUCAUCGAUCAGGUAACAGCCUGAACGAGCGAAUUCAGGAUGCUCGUGAACUAUUGGAGGCAAAAAGACAGGCGAAGGCUGUAAAAGUCUUUCAGGAAACUCAUGAGUCAGAGUUGAAGCGGCGCAAUCUUGGACGCGAUAUGGUUGAGUUUAAGCGCCGCAAGCAGGAACAGGAGAUUCGUGAGCGCCUAGAGGAACAGAAACGCGAAAAAGCCGAGAAGCAAGCUGCCCGUCAGCGCAUCCUCGCCCAAAUUGAACUGGACCGGCGUGAUCGUCUCGGGGUUUCUGCACCGAAAGUAGCCGCUCCCAAGUCCACCACUACUUCCACUGGUGCUGUUGAUCCAAACGAGGUGCGCCUUCAACUACGGCUGCCUGAUGGCUCUCACAUGAUCGGCGUGUUCGCAGCCGAGGCCCACCUUGGCUCAGAGGUGCGUCAGUACAUAAGGUCCCGGGUGCAAGGCAAGGAGGCUGAAGGGGCUUUAGCGGUGGCGCCUCUCAGCGAUGUUGUGCGUGCCUCUUUUGCCCCAGUUCUCGCCUCUGGCUUCACCUUCCGCCAGACGCGCCCCAAUCCGCCAAGACAUUUCUCCCCCGAAGAUGAAACCACCAAAACUUUGCGCGAACUCGGUCUCUGGCCUUCUGCUGUCCUCAUUCUGCAUUGCGGAAAAUACAAUUCCAUUACUGACGAUGGUUUCGCAGGAUACUCAAAGAAUGUGCUUUCUCGUGUGCUGGGCCUCAUUUGGGGAGGUGUUCAAAGCGUUGGUGAUAUUUUCUUCUACUUCGGCGAUGGUUUGAUCCAAUUAGGCCGAAGCACUUGGCAAACUCUCUUCAGUGCUGGCAGUGGGCGCACCAUUGGUCAAGCUCAGGCCGCCAACUCCGCUACCUCCCGCCAAUCUCCGCCACGCACCGAUGGUGAGGAAUUGAAAGGAAGAAGUGCCUAUAGGCGACAGGGAAAAAUCUCCAGAUUGUCACACAUGCCUGACGACACAGAUGAGCAGGCAAGAUGGAAUGGCAACUCGACAACUCAGCUUUGA